UCCUCCCUCAGCUCGCCGCGCCGCGCCUGUGGCAGGCGGGCAGCAUGGCGGCCGUGGAGAGCCGCGUCUGCGAGACGGCCGGCUGCAGCAGCGAGGCCAAGCUGCAGUGCCCCACCUGCCUCAAGCUGGGCAUCCAGGGCUCCUACUUCUGCUCUCAGGAAUGCUUUAAGGGAAGCUGGGCUACUCACAAGUUACUACACAAGAAAGCAAAAGAUGAAAAAGCUAAACAUGAAGUUUCCUCCUGGAUGCUGGAAGGUGACGUUAACACAAAUCCCUGGUCUGGUUAUCGAUAUACUGGGAAACUCAGGCCACAUUAUCCCCUGACACCAACGAGACCUGUGCCAAGUUAUAUUCAGAGACCAGAUUAUGCUGAUCAUCCACUAGGAAUGUCUGAAUCAGAACAGGCUUUAAAAGGAACCUCUCAAAUAAAAAUACUUUCACCUGAGGAUAUAGAAGGGAUGCGAGUAGUGUGUAGGCUUGCUAGAGAGGUACUGGAUGUCGCUGCCAUGAUGGUGAAAGCAGGUGUGACUACUGAAGAAAUUGAUCAUGCUGUCCAUUUAGCUUGUAUUGCAAGGAAUUGCUAUCCUUCCCCUCUGAAUUAUUAUAAUUUCCCUAAGUCAUGUUGUACAUCAGUGAAUGAAGUGAUCUGCCAUGGAAUUCCUGACAGGAGGCCAUUACAGGAGGGGGAUAUUGUUAAUGUGGAUAUUACUGUCUAUCGUAAUGGCUACCAUGGAGAUCUGAACGAGACGUUUUACGUUGGAGAAGUGGAUGAGGGUGCAAGGAGGCUUGUCCAAACAACGUAUGAGUGCCUAAUGCAAGCCAUCGAUGCAGUAAAACCAGGUGUUCGGUAUAGAGAAUUGGGAAACAUUAUUCAGAAACACGCUCAAGCAAAUGGAUUCUCGGUCGUUCGGAGCUACUGUGGGCAUGGAAUCCAUAAACUUUUCCAUACAGCCCCUAAUGUGCCACACUAUGCCAAAAAUAAGGCCGUUGGAGUCAUGAAGCCAGGUCAUGUAUUUACAAUCGAACCAAUGAUCUGUGAAGGUGGUUGGCAAGAUGAAACAUGGCCCGAUGGUUGGACUGCGGUAACAAGAGAUGGGAAGCGAUCUGCCCAGUUUGAACACACUCUUCUGGUCACCGAUACAGGCUGUGAGAUCCUCACUCGGAGGCUAGAUAGUAUUCGUCCCCAUUUCAUGUCCCAGUGAUAGCAGACUGAGCAGGUGGAUCUGAACGAUACAUUUUUUUUUCUUUUUUUUUUUUUUUUUGUCUCUGUUCUAUGCAUUUUUUAAGAGUACAGAAUAGAGAGGAAUUUCAUCAUUUACUUUGUUCUCACUGAUUGUAGAUAAGAGAGGAAUACGUUGAACAACCUGACCUAAUGUCUGGUAAAGCAGAGAAGAAUUUAAAGAAUUUUCUGCUUUCCUCCUACCUACAACACUCAAAGCUGUAUUUUUCUUUUUUCUUCAAUUAUCUCUUUUGCACCUUUCUUCCAACUAGACCUGCAGUUGCUUCUGUUGCCGCCAUGAUAUUAGCUAGAAAAGUGUGGGUAACCUUUCCCACUGGGACUUUGGGAUCCAGGUUUUUUUUCACUACUUCAGUGUGCCCCGUCUCUCUGGGUGUGAGUGGCACCUGAGAUUUUAAGCAUUUCUAGUUCCAAAGACCUGUUCCUGCUUCUGCAGAUACUGUUCUAAUGGGCUGGGCCUUGUUUAUCAGUUGAGAAGUGGGUGAGGGGAGAGAGACACGCAUGUUGCCAAGAGUAGGUGACCAUUACCUUUAAUUCUGUUCCCAUCUCUCUGCUGAUGGCCUCCGUGGUAAUUAUGACUGUAGGUGACGCGCUGUGUUAGUGGCAGGGCUUCUUUUACCAGAGAUGGGUAGUAUGGGCUUCCUACACGGAAAAUUACUAAAUUUGGUCUUAAAUGCAGCUCCCUGGAACAAGCCACCUCUCUGCGGAGCAGUGCUUGCAGGCAGUUUCUUGCUCCAAAUGCUUGGUGAAGCUGAUGUAUCAGACUUGGCUAGGGAAAGGAAUGACACGAGAACCAAAAAGAUCCCACGAGAAAUGAGAUCCCUGCGUGGGUCAGCUGUGGGACGUUUUAUAAAGGUACAUCCACAGUAGCUGUGGGGGGCUGGAUUUGCAAGACUUACAGUGAGAUGAGUAUAUAUCUCAAAAGGCCGAGUGUGAGAAGACAAAACACCUUAAAUGCUGUUUUUUUUUUUCUUUGGUAGUUCUAAAACAGGUCUUUUUCCCCCAGUCAAGCAAUUGAGAGAGUUUUGUGGUUUUAAAAAAGUCUUAGGGGGACAUAGGAAAACAGAUCUUUGUCCUCAGGCUUUAUAGUGGGCAAUCUCACAAUCAAUAUGCACUUCUCUAUCGGUGGGUCACAGUGAGCUGGGAACUGUCACCUUAACAAGGGUGGAUUAAGCCUCUGUCUUCUCUCUACUAUUUCUUUUCCCCUGCCCACUUCCUUUCCAUUAUCUUUGCUGAGGGGAUUACUUUUUCUUUUCUUCUCUGAAUCGUAAUGAAACUUUUUUCAGACCCCAUUGCAGACUUAGAAGUCGUACACCACUGUCAUGCAAGAAGUAGUCAAACCAAUGCAGACAUAAAAUCAUACCAUCACGGGCAUAAAACCCACCUUUUACCAAGGUGUCUGGUGGAUUUAUUGCCACAUAAGACCCAAGCGUGAGGUACUGGAUCCCUUCGGCUCCCCUUGGCACUGCAGAAUUUAGGUGGGGAAAAGGGGUUAGUGCUUCACAGAACUGGACUCGCGCGCGCACUACCAAAUACCAAAUUUACCAGAAACCGUCUUCUCUGCCCUGAGUGCCUCAGACCUCUGUUGCUGUAAGAGUUCCAUUGCAAUGUUUUCAUUACCUUUAUUAUUAUUUUUAAUUAUGCAGUAAAGUGACCUGAAAUGAUGCAUCUAGAGUGCGUGUGCGUAUGCGUGUGUGUGUGUAUAGAUUUUAACAAAACAGACUGUAGUACUCCGAGUGGAAUUACCUGUGCUGAACGAAACGUAACGUGCCGAGGCGGUGGCUAUCCUGGAGGUUUGCCUACCAUAUCACUCGCUCGAAUGGUUACAGCGGUCUUGCCUUUUCUAUGUGCGUGUGUGUGCGCGUGAUGGGGGACUUCAGUUUUGGUCUAUAAAAUAAAAAGUUGCAGCUGCUUUUAACAGAAAUUACAUUUUUGUGAUCCAAAACGGGAUAUAGCGUGCUCACUUAUAUCCAGGAUUGCUUGCACUAGCGCAAGCCCACUCGUAGAUGCAUGCAGCCAGUUCAAAACCAAUCUUCAACCUGUGCAUGUGUAACCUGAAUACCUCUUUGUUGUUGCACCGAUACGACCAAAUCCAACACUGCAAGUUUUCAACACAGGUAACCUCUGAUGCUAUGCAUUUCUGCCUAUGAAUUCAAACCACAAUUUCUACCGAGUUCAUACGAUUGCGGUAUUUUUAAACAAGUGGAAAGUUUGAUGAACAUCUCCGCCUUGUUCUUUGAACAUGAGGUAACACAUCAGCCUGGAGAACAGAACUUAUUUAAUAAAAAUAUUGCAAAAGACCUUUUUCACCUAUCUA